AGAGACUCGACUUCGUGGGAACUCCCCCAUUGCCUCCAUGCGACGCGAGGAAGGAACCGUCAUCGUUUCCGUGGCCGCGACGCUGCCUCUCUCCUUCGCUUUCCGGCCACCGGCUACCACUGGACUCCUUCACUAGAAGAAGUGCUGGAUCCAUCAUCGUGUUCCUUGAUUCUUGGAUCUAUCCUCUUCGAUUCUCGUCCGGUUUUCUGACUACAAGGGUGGGUGUUGAAUUGCUUCUUGCUUAAACGAUGGAAGCUGUGAAUUUUCCAGUUUCUCAGACCAGGCUCCUCAAUGUUUGGAACCAAAGAAGUGUCAGCUCAUUCAGUUUGUCACAAGUCAAUGGAAGGAUUUCCAUCUGCUACGCAAAAGUCAAUAUCAAGUUCUUGGAUAAUGGCCGUCAAGUAACUGAUAGGCUGCUGGUGUUUUCAGCACCUUCCAAUAUUGUUUGUGAUGUCAGCAAAGGCAACUUUGCUAAAACGCUUCAUAUGCCAUCCAAAAGGCAUAACCUACCUGGAAGAACAAAUCGUUCUGCUAAACGACUCGGCCGUGAUGGCAGAAUUCUUAGUGCUGUUCCAAGUUCUGCGCAAGAAAAUGCAGGAGUUCUAUUGCUGAACCUUGGAGGUCCAGAGACACUCAGUGACGUUCAACCUUUCCUUUUCAAUCUAUUUGCUGAUCCAGAUAUUAUACGACUUCCUAGAUUAUUCCAGUUUCUUCAGCAACCAUUGGCACAGCUAAUAUCAGUUUCCAGAGCUCCUAAAAGUAAGAAGGGUUAUGCUGCUAUUGGUGGCGGGUCACCAUUGCGAAAGAUAAUAGAAGAUCAGGCACGAGCAUUAAAACUUGCCCUCAAAGAUAAGGAUCUUGAUGCUAAUGUAUAUGUUGGAAUGCGACACUGGCAUCCUUUCACAGAGGACGCUCUUAAUCAGAUAAAAAAGGAUAAAAUAACAAAACUUGUUGUGCUUCCACUUUAUCCUCAAUUCUCUAUAUCUACUAGUGGUUCAAGCAUCCGGGUCAUUCAUAACAUCAUCAGGGAAGAUGCUUAUUUUGCAAGGUUGCCCAUUUCUAUCAUUGAGUCAUGGUAUCACCGGGAAGGCUAUAUCAAGUCAAUGGCAGACUCAAUAGAAAAAAAGCUGCAAAGAUUCUCCAAGCCCGAGGAGGUUAUGAUAUUCUUUAGCGCGCACGGUGUCCCGCUGAGUAAUGUUGAAGAUGCAGGAGACCCAUACCGAGAUCAGAUGGAGGACUGCAUCUCUUUGAUCACGGCUGAGUUAAAAUCUAGGGGAAUUAACAACGAGCACACUCUUGCUUAUCAGAGGCGAGUUGGUCCUGUUCAGUGGUUGAAGCCUUACACUGAUGAAGUGAUCGUCGAGCUUGGUAAGCAAGCAGUGAAAAGCCUCCUCGUGGUCCCUGUAAGUUUUGUAAGCGAACACAUUGAAACACUAGAAGAGAUUGAUAUGGAGUACAAGAAUUUGGCCCUGGAGUCAGGCAUUGAGCACUGGGACAGGGUGCCUGCUCUGUGCUGCAACCCUAAGUUCAUCUCUGAUUUAGCUGAUGCUGUCAUUGAAGCCCUACCCUCUGCUUUGAUAUCGAACAGGAACUCGUCCAUGGAAGCGGAAGGCGAUCCGGAUCCUGUGCCUUAUGCAAUUAUCUCGCAAUUCAGCUUAAUCUUUGCAUUUUUGCUGUUUUUGUCGCUCAGAGUCUCUCUGCAUUCUAGAAACUUUCUGAAACCUUGGUUUUUGGUUUAACAUUCUACGUUUCUUUAGCUUUUGAGGUGAACCCCGUCAUCUUUCAAUAUGUGAAGUUGAUGAUAAACCUUGUUAAACUUCUGCAGCGUUAAUAUGCUGGAUAAGUGAGAAUAAUAAAUGGAAUUAACAAGCUUCCCUAUAGGCUGAUUCCGUUUCUUUCAA